GUAGUACACGAUAAUUUUAUAGAGACUGGAAGGUUUUUAACAUAUUUUAAUACCAACGUGUUGUAAUUGUGCUUCUGUAAACAUUAGAACGCUUAGUUAAUUUAAAUUUACCAGUUCAUUUCAAUGAAUUGCCGUUACAUAAACGAUUAGGUUAAUUUAUUUUAAUAUUAAGCAGAGAACUUUAAUAAAAUUCCCCAGAUAAUAUGAAAAAUAGUUGAGUUUAAAUCAUUGUGGUCGUAGAUAGAGUUGGUUACUAUAUAAUAUGGAGCUCCAAAGAAAAGGUAAACCUGGAACUACUUUUGAGGAUAGUAUAACAGCUACCGAGUUCGGUAAAUAUAAUUUUGUAUUGAUACUUAUGAUAGCAGGUCCUUGUAUAGCACAGAUGUUAAACACUGUUGAUCUCUCGUAUGUUCUACCAAUUGCGGAAUGUGAUUUGGGGCUAACAUUAGAAGACAAAGGAAUACUAAAUGUUGUAACUUUUGCCGGGAUGAUCACUACUGGCAUAUACUGGGGUUAUUUAUGUGACGCCUUAGGUAGGAGGACUAUUAUUGUUUAUGGUUACCUAGCUUCAGGUUUAUUCGCUUUAGUUGCUGCUUUAUCUACUAAUAAAUUUGUAAUGAUAACUGCCAGAUUUUUAGCCGGUGCAAUCAUUAACGGUCCAUUUGCUGCUGCAACCUCUCAUAUUACAGAAUUUCAUUCCAACAAAUACAGAGGGAGAGUAAAUAUAAUAAGAGGAAUAUUUCUGAGUGGAGGGAGCUUGUUAUUGCCCAUAUUAGCAUGGGCUAUUUUACCAAGAAAAUGGGACAUUAACGUGUUUGGAUUAUUUGAUCUCCAUUCUUGGAACAUGUUUCUGGUGUUAUGUUCAAUAUCGACUAUAUUCAGCGGAAUUGUAUAUAUUUUUAUACCAGAGAGUCCUAAGUAUCUUAUGUCUACAGGACGAAACAGCGAAGCUCUAAGAAUAAUGGAAACUAUGUACUGUGUUAAUACAGGUAAAAGAAAGGAAGAUUUUCCGAUAAAAGAACUAAUAGAAGAAGUGGAUAAUAAACAAGUAGUAGGAAACGUUGGAGGAGCCUUAAAAAAAACUUUCAUUGAAAUAAAAUAUCUUCUGCGCCAACCUCAUAAUACGAAUUUAUUACUAGCAUGUUUCAACGUUUUUUCAUUGUUAGUAAGCGUGAACACUUUGAAAUUAUGGCUUCCGGGAAUUUUUCAGUCCAUAAGCGAUUACCAAAAUAUCCAUAAUGGAAGUAGCACUCAUUUAUGUAUCAUGCUAGAACAAAUGUCACCUAACGAAGAAACAACCGUGGAUAACUGUGAUGUUGACCUGGAUAACCUAUCAGUUUACGUCAAUACAUUUAUAGUGUCAGUAACUCGAAUUGUCGUGUUUGCAUUUACUGGAAUUUGCAUAAGAUUGUUAGGACUGAAGAGAUUAACCAUUGUUUUAUCUUUUUUGACGGCAGCUUUCAUGUUUUGUAUCUACUUCGCUAGAGAUUCGACAACAGUUACAGUAUUAUCAGCAGCUGGUACAUCGAUUGGGAGUGUAGCAGAAAAUUUAUUAGUUUCUUUAACAUUAGAGUUAUUCCCAACUACUUUGAGGACUAUAGCUCUAUCCAUUCAUUUAACGUCAGGACGUGCAGGCACUUUAAUAGGUAAUAUCGUAUUCCCGUAUUUACUUCAUUGGGGAUGUUUACCACCGUUCCUUUUCAUCGGAUUAUUUACAUUUGCAUGUGGGUUAUUCUCCUUUUGUUAUCCUAAUGUAGAGAAUAGAGCCUUACAGUGAUUUUUUUAUAUCUACAGACACCUGUGAUAAACUUUUACGUAUUGAA